AUGGCAUCAGCAACGAGCUUCUACGACUUCAAGCCUGUCGACAAGCGCGGCGAGCCCAAGCCCCUUGAAGAGUACAAGGGCAAGGUCGUUCUGGUCGUCAACACUGCCUCCAAGUGCGGCUUCACCCCCCAGUUCGAGGGCCUCGAGAAGCUUUACAAGGGCCUCAAGGAGAAGCACCCUGACGACUUCGUCAUUCUUGGCUUCCCCUGCAACCAGUUUGGUGGCCAGGACCCCGGCUCCAACGAGGAGAUCCAGAGCUUCUGCCAGGUCAACUACGGCGUGAGCUUCCCGGUCCUUGGCAAGAUCGACGUCAACGGUGACAAGGCCGACCCUCUCUACGAGUGGCUCAAGAACGAGCAGCCCGGCCUCAUGGGCCUCAAGAGGAUCAAGUGGAACUUUGAGAAGUUCCUCAUCGGCCGCGACGGCAAGGUCAAGGGCCGCUGGGCCAGCACGACCAAGCCCGAGAGUCUCGAGAAGCCCAUCCUCGAGCAGCUCAACAACAAGGAGUAA